UAAAGUUUCGAUAUCCUAAUCUAAUAACAAACUACUGUACACACACUGCUUAAAUCCAGAUUCGAUCCCUAUUCCCGAAAUAAUUUUAUUUAUAAAUUAAAAACUUCCUUUCUUCUCUGCUAACUCUUUCUCUCACAAACUUCAAAUCAAAGUUUUUUCACUUAUCACAUCUCUCUCUCUCUCUCAAUACUCACUGCCACGUCAUCUUCGCCGCCAUGAACGGCGGUGGAGGUAACUUCCCUCCGUCGCAAUCAAACGGCGGCGAUUUCCUUCUCUCUCUUCUCCAAAAACCUCGUCCUCCCCAACCGUCAUCCACUCCGUCUCAACAAUCUCUCACCAUAGAUCCUGCUGUCGCCAUGAUGGGUCCCACAAUCCCCUUCUCUACAUCACAAUAUCCAUCCAACGGUCACGAUCAUCUCAAUCUUCAUCCCCUUCAUCAUCAUCUUCAUCAGAAUCAGAAUCUUCCACCAUGGUCCCACACACCUUCUUCUUCUUCUUACCCGCAAAACACAUUCGGGUUACUCCAUAACCCGUUUUCACUUCCUCGGUUACCCGAAACCCAUUUCACAACCACCACCACCAACAACAACACCACUCCACUUCACUUCUCUAACGGUGUUUCCCUCGCCGACAAUCUACGAAGAUUAGGGUUUCCAAUUGAAACUAACAACAAUAACAGUUUCAUUCACCAUCAGCAACAGCAGCAACAACAGGAAUUGAAGUUACAGUUUGGAUCUUUACCAACAGUUUCUUAUGCUAAUACUUCCUCUGAAGUUUCUUCCAAUGGAAGCUUCAAUGGUUUUGAUAGGAAUUUUAGGUCAACUGAACAAAUUAGGGUUCCACCUGGAUUUGGGAACAAUACAAGGGGAACAGGUUAUUGGAGUUCAGAGGUUGGUGAUGGUGAAUUGUAUAGUAAGAGGGAGAAUGUGAGAUUAGGGUUUGGUGAAAGGAGUGAUAUUAGAAGCAAUGUGGGUCAUGAAUUGAGGCUUCCUGAUCAGCUUGAUAAUCCUGGUCCACCUUCUGGGAGUGAACUUCAUUCUGAUUAUGUUGAUGUUGAUGCUAUUGGUGAACAGAUAGCUGAUUCGUUGUUGCUUGGGGAUGAGCUUGAUGAUAAGAAUAGUAGCAGCGCUAAGAAACGACAUGGUCCUAAGGAGAAGGAUGCUAGAUUUUCAGACGCAAGAGGAAAGCAGUUGCUAAGUCAACGGGCAAGAACGUUUAAAAGACAAAUGAUGUGCCGUAGGGAUAUAGAUAGUCUUAGUGUUCCUUUCCUUUCAUUAUAUGAGUCUCUAAUACCACCGGAAGAAGAAAAACUGAAGCAGAAGCAAUUGUUGGGGUUAUUGGAGAAGUUAGUUUGUAAGGAGUGGCCAAUGGCUCGGCUUUAUCUCUAUGGAUCAUGUGCUAAUUCAUUUGGUGUUUCUAAAAGCGACAUUGAUGUUUGCCUUGCUAUUCAAGAAGCUGAUAUGGACAAGUCUAAGAUUAUAAUGAAAUUGGCUGAUAUUUUGCAAUCAGAUAACCUGCAGAAUGUUCAGGCAUUGACACGAGCAAGGGUUCCUAUAGUAAAGCUCAUGGAUCCAGUUACAGGAAUCUCUUGUGAUAUAUGCAUUAACAAUCUCCUGGCUGUUGUAAAUACAAAGCUUCUUCGGGAUUAUGCAAACAUUGAUGCAAGGUUACGGCAGCUGGCUUUUAUCAUUAAACAUUGGGCAAAGUCAAGAGGAGUUAAUGAAACAUACCAUGGGACCUUAUCUAGCUAUGCGUAUGUUUUGAUGUGCAUUCAUUUUCUACAACAGCGACGACCUGCUAUCCUUCCAUGUUUACAGGGGAUGGAACCAACAUACUCUGUGACUGUGGACAAUGUUGAUUGUGCAUUCUUUGACAAAGUUGAAAAACUUGGUCAUUUUGGACGACAUAACAAGGAAACUAUUGCUCAUCUUGUGUGGGGAUUUUUCUAUUAUUGGGCAUAUUGUCAUGAUUAUGCAAAUUCCGUUAUAUCUGUACGCACAGGAAGCACAAUCAGCAAGUGCGAUAAGGAUUGGACAAGAAGGGUCGGUAAUGAUCGUCAUCUGAUAUGCAUAGAGGAUCCCUUUGAAAUAUCUCACGAUCUGGGUCGAGUGGUAGAUAAACACAGCAUCAAAGUUCUCAGAGAAGAAUUUGAACGUGCUGCUGAUAUUAUGCAGUAUGAUCCAAAUCCAUGUGUUAAACUUUUUGAGCCUUAUGUUCGUAGCAGUUGAUUAACAGGUUGUUUUGAAAAUAGAUUUGUAGGUGAAGUAAUGAACACUUUGGCUUGUAAAGUUUCUUUUGCCACACAUUUGAUAUUUAUUAACCUUGUCUUAUGUUGAUAUAUGUGUAUUUAUUAUGAGCGUUUUAAAUGGUAUCUCAAUGUAAAGAACUUUUGGUUUUGAUCUUUUUUAUUUGAAAGCAAGAAUUUACUUUUAUUA